UGCAGUUGGCGAGUAGCGUCCUGGCUGUUAGAGUGAUCCGGCGGUUUGUUGUUUUCCACAAAAUUCAACUUCCAAAAAGAAAUCCACGACCGCCAGCGGCAAUACAGGGCUGGUCGACAUUUGUCCUUCAGCUCUUUCGUGCUUGGCAGCCAGAGUUGGACUGAGAUCGACACACGCUGAUAGUUGGGGAAUAUCGUUACUGGCUAACAGUAGCUAACUUCUUCCUACAUAUCAGCUGCCUCAGCGCUGUAUGUGCGGCAAUAACAUGUCAGCGCCUUUACCUGCCAUUGUGCCUGCUGCCCGGAAAGCCACUGCAGCGGUGAUAUUUCUGCAUGGCCUUGGUGAUACUGGGCACGGGUGGGCAGAAGCUUUCGCAGGCAUCAGGAUACCACAUGUGAAGUACAUCUGUCCACAUGCUCCCACCAUGCCUGUUUCUUUGAACAUGAGAAUGUCCAUGCCUUCUUGGUUUGACAUCUAUGGGUUGAGCCCAGAGGCUGACGAAGAUGAGACUGGUAUCAAAAGAGCGUCAGAGAACAUUAAAGCUUUGAUAGACCAAGAAGUGAAGAAUGGAAUACCUUCGCACAGAAUUAUCCUGGGUGGAUUUUCACAGGGUGGAGCAUUGUCUCUCUACACAGCUCUGACAACUCAGCAGAAGCUUGCUGGAGUGGUCGCUCUGAGCUGCUGGCUUCCUCUUCGCAAGUCCUUCCCUCAGGCGUCUGCCAACAGCGCUAACAAGGACAUGCAUGUCCUACAAUGCCAUGGGGAUGCCGACCCCCUGGUCCCCUUUAUGUUUGGUAGCCAGACAGCAGAGAAGAUGAAAAGUCUCAUCAAUCCUUCCAAUAUCACCUUCAAGUCAUAUCGCGGUCUACCUCAUAGCGCCUGUCCAGAGGAAAUGGUGGAUAUCAAACGGUUCAUAGAGAAGCAGCUUCCUCCCCUCAGUGAUGAAUGAACACGGGAGUAUCUGUUCAAUCACACAGCACCAUCAGAGUCCUCUGGGACUGACUCCAGAGGAAUCUGGAGUCGAGGAACUUGAGGAACCACUGACUUACGUAACAAUAAAACCACGCUGCUACUCAUAGAGCCAGACAGGACUGGGGCUGCUACAUGUUAGCCCGGGAGAGGCAUGACUGAAACAAUGCUGCAUCCUGACCUGGAGCCACACAUGAUCCUCAGUGUUACAGUAGAGUAACAUUAGUUGCUUGAUUGUAAAGCUAUUUGCCAUUGAGACAAGCCAUUACUUGCAGGAAAUGUAUGUAUUGGAAUAACUAGGGCUAUACUUUAUGGUUUAAUACUUACUAUCUUACAAUAAAUGGCCUGUUGUUAAAUGUUUUUAAUUAAUGUCUAUUUGUAGGAGUACUGAAGUAUUAGUUGUUGAGCACAAUUAAUUAAGGCAUUUAUUAAGCAAAAACGCCAAACGUUUGUUGACACUAGCUUCUGGAAUUUCAAGAUUUCCUGAUUUUCUAUGUUACUUUUUGGGUUGUGGAUUUGUUGUUGAAUCAAACAACCAACUUAAAGACAUAAACUUGGGCUUUUUCGUAACAUGUGAUGGGUAUUUUUCAGUAUUGUUGCCAUCACAAAACAAUAAAUGAAAAAAAUAGAAAUCUAAGAAAUCACCAAGAUAAUUUGGAGCAAAUAACUGUUUUUUGCCGCCUGAAUGUGUAGAAUGUUACAUUAGUUGAACAAAUGUCAACAUACAGAACCUGCAAACAAAGCACAUUUGCAGAGAUAAUAUUAAAAGUAUAUUAAAGCAGCUUAAUAUUCAAUCCAUUUACGGAACAUGUCAAAUAAUGUGUUGUACCAGAAUAUAAUAUUUAGUGAAUGUUCACAACACACGACAGCAAAAACAACAUAGGAUUGUGCUUUAUUUAAUUUGUGAGAAUUCAGAUGUCUGUUUCACACAAAUUCCUUUUUAAAUACACAAAUAUAUCAGUGGUCAUGGUCAUGUAUUCAGUUUAUGUUUCCCUGUUUUGUUUAAAUUAAAUAUAAUAUGACUAAUAUCACAGUAUUGAAACACACAGACAAGAUCUAUUUCCGGGUAUCAGCUCACUGAGAUGUAAAAACGUUUUAUCUUUGAGAAGAGCUGAAAGCACCAACAUGUGAAGUCAUUGUCGCACCAUUCAUGUUAGACCAAAGGUGCUAGUGUAGAAGAUCUUAUUCCAAGGCACUUUCCUUCUUCUUAAAUUACUGUUAAAUAACUACUAGUGUCUACAAGAACUGGAUAUGCAUUAAGGCUCACAAUAUACCUAAAUACAAAUGCAGUGCUCACAGAUACAUGCUUUCCCUCAUUAAACAAGGUAGAAAAGUGCAAUGUCAAGCGCUAGG